CCUUAGUGUGUGAUUACUAACCAACAGGUUAAAAAGUUAACAACAAAAUUUUCGAGCUUAAAAAAAUUUAACAAAAAAAAAUAACAAUAUUUAAUAUUUAAUUAAAAAAUAAGAAAAAGAAAAAUGUUUAAAAAAAUUUUAAUAGCUGUUUUUGUUAUUUUUGCUGCUUACCUUAUAGGUUUGGAUGCAUUAAAAUGCUAUUCAUAUGAAGGCGAAUAUAAUGGAAAUAUGUCAAAUUAUGUUAAUAUAACAUGUAAUGAUACAAAUGCAGCUUAUACUACAACACGACUUGCAAAUACCUUUGAAAAUGUAAUAACAAAUGUUACUGGAAAUGAAUUUUUAUGUUUGUCAAUUGCAUUCAAAGAUGGUAGUAUUAAAAAUGCUACAAAUAUGGUAUAUAAAGGAUGUACAUAUAAUGUAAAACAUUGUGGAUUAAAAUUAAAAGAAGAAAGCAAAAAUAUGACUAUCCAGCAUUGUAUACAAUGUAAUAAAGAUGGAUGUAAUCCAGCUGGUCGUUCAGUUGCACAAUUAAGUUGUAUUGGAAUAUCAUCAUUUUUAGUUUUUCUUUUAAAAUAUUUUAAUUAAAUUAGAUUUUAAAAUUAAUGAAACUAUUAUUUUUAAUAAAAAGAAGAAAAACUUUAAAAAUUUGGUUUUUUUUUGUAAAUUUUCUAGAAAAUCUUACUUUAAAUUCAUGAAAUUUUUAUUUGAAUUAUUAAUGAUUUGAUCAAAUUUAUUAAUUAUGAAAUUUAAAAGAUAUUCUUUUAUUAAAAUACGUUAUUAUUAUAAAUUUCAACUCAUUAGAAUUGUAAUUACUCAUAGUAAUUGUAACUUUAUAGUAAUUAUUACUGUAACUUCAAUAUUACUGUUAAUAUAUAUGGAAUGUUUAAA